GCCGUCUGCCUGGGAUUCCCGGCGCGCGCCGAACUACGUCACCCGGCGGAAAGUAGCGACUUUGUUGGAACGCGGAGACAAUGAGCGGGGCGGAAGUGCAGCGUUAGCUAUGGCUGGCCUGGGGUUGUUGCUCGGGACAGGUUUUGAGAACUCUAUUGAAAACAUUAGUAAGUUGCCCCAGGAUUUAUUUGCAGAGGUGUGCCAGCAGAUCAUGUUAUACCUACAAUGCAAAACCCCUGGUGUGAAUAGUGUUGAAUUGGCUGAAAGACUUCAAACUGCUGGUGUUGAACUGGAUGUGGAAGCUACUAAGAAGAUGGUUCAUGUUAUCACGUUGAUUUUCAGUAGAGCAGCUGCGCAGAGGGACGUGUCAGCUGAGGAGCUCAUUGUGAAGCUGUCAGACAGCAGCAGUAAGUGGUCGAAACAAGCGCUUCAGGUUAUCCGUCAUGUGUGGAACGAACAGGGCAAACUCAUUGUGACGACAGAGGACGCCAAGCACAUGUUAACAGUAGGACAGCUUGUAGAUCUGGAGUGGAAACUGGGAAUGGCUGUUAGUUCUGACAGCUGCAAGUCUCUCAACUGCCCAUAUGUGACCAUAGCGCUGAAAGUAGCUGAUCCCUCAGGCGAAAUAAUCAGGAGAUCAUUUGAAAUGACUGUCCCUCAGUUUCAGAACUUCUCCAAGCAGUUCCAGGAACUGGCCACUGUCCUUGAAAUGGUCUGAUGUGGCUUGUGUUCUGACAUCCACACUCCGAGCCCGGGUCUGGCGUCCAUUUCGCAGAGGGAUUUCCACAAGAACAAAGGAAAUGGAUGCAUCCAACUUUUGAUUUACAUUUUAGAUGACAGUUUUUUUUUUGCCAUUCUUAACUUUUCAGUCGUUGGACGUAACUAUACAUUUUGGUUCAAUAAUAAAAGCACUAGAUGGAAUGGAAAGAUCAAGAAGACUUGCCCAAAUGGGGGUAACAAAAUGAUAAUUAAUGAUAACUUGAAUUUACAGUUGGAUUGGUGGGACAGAAAGGACAGAGUUGUCUUGUUUCCAACUGUGAAGCUAAAUCUGUCUUGCUCCAGUGCCCAUGUGUACUAAGUCUUGUGGAAUAUAUUUGAAUGGUCUCUGGUGAUCCACUAGAAAUCUCUGUUGAUUGACACUUGUUAUUGAAGGAUCUGUAACAAGGAGCACUAUAAGGCAGUAUUAUGCCAGUGUCAAGUUGUAAGGAGAUUGACAAUUGGAAGAGUUUUCCUUCAGCUUAAUUCAGCCACUCUGCUUCAAUUCUUACCAUUAGAGUUCUGGUUCCUUGUAUUAAUAUUUCUUAUAGAUCAAAUACAUUUUAACUAACAUUUUAGUCAUACUAAGACUAAAUUGGACCAUGCACAUCUACGUACACAUGAAUGCCUUGGUUUAUUGAUGCAACCAGUGCUUAUUUGGGUGGUGAUAUUUUUUUUGGCUGCAGUGUAGUCAGAUGCAGGGACUGUGUGGUUGGUAUGUGAGAAAGUAGUAAUGAAAGAUGCAUGAUGAUAAAUUAGAUUCUUGUGAAUUGGUUGCAGUUAUGGUUUUCAGCAUUUUUGCCACUUUAGGGACUCAAUCUGUGUAUUUCAUGGAGUUUGCACUUCAUUCACACAAUUUCGACAAUCAGUGAUAUGUGUCAGUAACUAUUCAAUAUUUGAAGCAAAAUUAUUAUUUAGAAUUGUCAAUUUCACAUUAUCCAAACUACUUUAGAAAGCUAGCACCGUACAUGCUGAAGGAAGCCAUAUUCAUUUCUAGUAUUGGGUUAGUUGUGUUUUUGAUGAAGAAAAUGUUGCUUUUGUAUAUGGAAUGCAAUGAUCGUGGGGGGGGGGGGAUGAACUUUGCUGACAAAAAAUA